UGGGACAUUUGGCCAUUAAAUUAUUUCAUCUUUACCCACUAUGCGAAAAUCAUACGCGUUAUUAAGCGUUACCCACCGUUAUCAUUGUGUUUGACAGUUUGUUUGUUUUGUUGUCUGUCAUCGUGUUUCACAUUUCGUUUCCUAAAUAUUUUACACAAAAAAACAUGUCUGCGACUCCGGACCGGCAUAGUAUUACUUCCUAUAGACUCAAAUCCCCACGGACUCCAACAUCACCUGGAAAUGUGGCAACUUUAAGAAUACAGGAGGCGAUUACGAGCAUUAUAGAGCUACACCAAAAAUGGAUACAAGCUGCAGACAAGGGAAUCUCAUACUGUAAUGCGAUAAGAAACACUAAGAAAAACAUUCUGCCACAUUCUGCAACAACAGAUCCGGAUCCUUAUCCCGAGAACUUACAAUUGUAUUGUAAAAAUCUGAUGGUGAUGGUUUCAAUAAUGGAAGAUAUCAAAACAAAUGCCUUGGUGGUUAUGGAGAAAAUCAAAUCCUUGAACGAGUUUUUCGCCCAUCACGAUGUAAUUGGUUGCACAUGGAACUACCGCAAAACGCUAGACGCCGUUGAACAAAUCAUUUCAUCAUACACGAGGGAAAUUAGUCUUCGAAAGUUUGCGGCAGAACAUAUCGGGCACUCUACAACGCUUGACCACCUGAAGUACAUUGCAAUCAGCUGGAACCACGGUAUUGACAUCGAACGAGAGAGAGAAUUAAUUAUUAGAAUGAUGUCAUUUGAAUACAAAUUCACAUCAUAACU